GGCAGUAAGAUCGGCCAGAAUCUUGACAGUCUAGAGCCAGACAUAUACCACCACAACAUAGACAUGUUCACUAUUAUUAGAGAUAUAGAACUAAGCUUGUAUGGUAUUGAAAACUAUAUUUAGAAGGUCUAAAGCAGAACAUUAAUACAAUAGAAGACUAUGUGUAGUUUAAUCACUUCACAAAACCAAGAAAUGAAAUAGAUCAGGUGGGAGAAAGCUUUGGAAAUAAUAUAAUAUUCCAGGGAUAUUUCUGUGCAACUGAUUCUGUAUAGGAAACAUUGUUAGAAAUAUGAGGAAAGCUCUUCCUGUAAGCGGCCAGAGGUCACCUGCCAAGAUGGUUCGCUACUCUCUUGACCCAGAAAACCCCACAAAAUCAUGCAAAUCAAGAGGGUCAAACCUUCGUGUUCACUUUAAGAACACCCGGGAAACUGCCCAGGCCAUCAAGGGAAUGCAUAUCCGCAAAGCCACCAAGUAUCUGAAGGAUGUCACCUUAAAGAAGCAAUGUGUGCCAUUCCGACGGUAUAAUGGUGGAGUUGGUAGGUGCGCCCAGGCCAAACAGUGGGGCUGGACACAGGGUCGGUGGCCAAAAAAGAGUGCUGAAUUUUUGCUGCACAUGCUUAAAAAUGCUGAGAGUAACGCUGAACUUAAGGGUUUAGACGUAGAUUCUCUAGUCAUUGAACACAUCCAGGUGAACAAGGCACCUAAAAUGCGCCGACGAACCUACAGAGCUCAUGGCCGGAUUAACCCAUACAUGAGCUCCCCCUGCCACAUUGAGAUGAUCCUCACUGAGAAGGAACAGAUCGUUCCAAAGCCAGAAGAGGAGGUUGCACAGAAGAAAAAGAUAUCCCAGAAGAAACUGAAGAAACAAAAACUCAUGGCCCGGGAAUAAAUUCAGCAUAAAAUAAAGGCAGAUAAAGUUAAAAAAAAAAAAAAAAAA